GCGGAGCACGACGGCUCGCGAUAGGCCGGCGGGCCGGCCCGCUCCAAGAAGAGGGGAGACGAUUGGCCGCAGGGUCCCGUCCGGGCGGAGGGAGCGUCGCCGUCGCCGGGCCGCGGAGCGGAGCCGAGCGCGCGCCGCGGCGAAAUGAGUUUUUAGCCACAUAAUGAUGAUCGUAAUACACAAUGCCUGAUCAGGACAAAAAGUUGAGGAGCACAGAAAAAGCAACAGACAAAAAACCUCAUGGGAUCUCUAUGAGGGAUUAUUCUGACCUGAAAAAACUUCAGUCUCUCUUGAAUGUUCAGUCAAGGAACCAACAGCUUCCAGCUAUGUAUUUUGAAAGUGUUCAAUCCAGUGUGACAAGAGCUUGUAAAAAUGUGAAAAGCAAGGAACAAGAAACCAGUGGUCAAUGGCAAGAAUCAACAGAAGCUGCUGAGCUUGAAAAAUUUAGUGUGACCUACAAGAAUGAGAGAAGUUUUAGCGAAUGUCCCAAACACAGGCUGUUUCAAGACUUUAUGGCUUUAGUCAAGAACAGACUUACCCACAGGUCAUGGGUUAUUCAAGCUCCAUCCACCCAUUUUCUUAGGGUAUUGAUCUGCCUGAGAUUAUUAAUAAGGGAUCCAUGCUAUCAGGAAAUGCUUCACAGCUUGGGUGGAAUUGAAAAUCUAGCUCAGUAUAUGGAAACAGUAGCAAAUAGCUGUCUCAAUUAUGGAGAGGAGCAGCAUAACGUAGACAAGUUGGUCAACAUGACAUACAUUUUCCAAAAGCUUGCUGCUGUUAAAAAUCAAAGGGAAUGGGUCAUAGCAAGUGGAGCACAUAAAACCUUAGUAAAUUUGUUAUGUGCCCGAGACAGCAAUGUCCUUUUGGGUGCCCUCCUUGCUCUGAUUAACCUAGCAGAAAGUCCAGAAUGUAGGGAGAAGAUAAGUGAGCUCACCAUUGUUGAGAACUUGGUGGUGAUAUUACAUGAAUACGAUUUUCUUUCUAAAAGGCUCACAGCAGAGUUGCUAUGACUCCUUUGUGCAGAGUCACGAGUCAAAGAGCAAGUAAAAAUGUAUGAAGGAGUUCCAGUCUUGCUCAGUUUACUCCAUUCUGAUCAUAUCAAACUUCUGAGGAGUAUAGUUUGGAUUCUGGCACAGGUUUGUGAAGAUCCUGAGAUUAGUGUGGAAAUUCGGAUUUGGGGUGGAAUCAAGCAGCUCCUUCAUAUAUUACAGGGGGAAAGAAAUCUUUUUUCUGAUCCCUCUUCAGUUAGAAGUUUAUCUAGUGCAAAUGCAGCAGGGACAAUCCAGGAUCUUCAUUUGUCAGAUGAUUUGAGUCCUGAGGAGAUGCAAGAAAAUACUUUCUCAUUUCAGGCGGCUUGUUGUGCUGUGAUUACUGAGCUGGUGCUCAAUGAGACUAAUGCUUACCAAGUUGUACAGGCAAAUGGAAUAUAUACAAUAGCAAAGCUGAUUUUACCCAACAAAGAAAGGAAUGCUGAAAAAGCCAGUUUAUUACAGUGUUAUGCUUUCAGAGCCCUGAGAUUUCUCUUCAGUAUGGAAAGAUAUCGGCAUGUUUUCAAAAGACUUUUCCCAGCUGACUUAUUUGAAAUCUUCAUUGAUAUUGGACAUUAUGUGUGUGAUAUCAGAGCUUACGAAGGGUUGGCAUCAAAGCUAAGUUUGUUAAAGGUAAAGGAUGUACUGAAGCAAAUUGCUGAAAGUAUUGAGAGUAUGAAUCAGAAUAAGGCACCCACAAAAUAUAUAGGAAAUUAUGCAAUUUUAGAGCACCUUGGCAGUGGAGCUUUUGGAAGUGUAUAUAAGAUUAGGAAGCAUAAUGGACAAAAUCUCCUGGCAAUGAAAGAAGUCAAUUUACACAAUCCAGCAUUUGGAAAAGACAAAAAAGACAGAGACAGUAGUGUAAGAAACAUUGUCUCUGAAUUAACCAUCAUCAGAGAGCAGCUUUAUCAUCCAAAUGUUGUACGGUAUUAUAGAACCUUCUUGGAAAAUGACAGAUUGUACAUAGUCACGGAGCUCAUAGAGGGGGUGCCAUUGGGAGAACACUUUCACUCUUUGAAGGAAAAACAACAACAGUUUACGGAAGACAGAAUAUGGCAUAUAUUUAUCCAACUUUGUCUAGCUCUUUGUUAUUUGCAUAAAGAGAAGAGGAUUGUUCAUCGAGAUCUCAGUCUGAACAAUGUCAUGUUAGGGGAUAAAGACAAAGUUACAAUUACUGACUUUGGGCUUGCAAAGCAGAAGCAAGAAAACUGCAAACUUGCAUCAGUAGUAGGAACCAUUCUAUACUCAUGUCCUGAAGCUGUAAAGAGUGAGCCGUAUGGAGAGAAGGCUGAUGUCUGGGCUGCAGGAUGCAUCCUUUAUCAGAUGGCAACUCUGAACCCACCAUUUUACAGCACCAAUAUGCUCUCCUUGGCUACUAAGAUAGUAGGGGCUAUGUAUGAACCUGUGCCAGAAGGACUGUACUCUGAAAAAGUGUCAUUUACCAUUAAGAGCUGCUUGACUCCUGAUGCAGAGGCACGUCCAGACAUAGUGGAGGUCAGCUCACUGCUGUCUGAUGUUAUGAUGAAAUACCUGGAUGUUCUAUCCACCUCUCAUCUCAUGUUGGAGAAGAAACUGGAUCAGGAGAGAAGACGAACCCAGCAGUACUUCCUGGAGGCUAAUCGAAAUGCAGUAACCUGUCACCAUCAGCUUUCCAUUUUAUCACAAAAAAAUUAUGAGAAGUUGAGUCUUCAUAGUAGCAGCAAUGGAGCAGCCAGUUGCAAAAGUCAAUUUUCAGAAAAUACUGACCUUCCAGUUGAUGGUUGUCAGUCUGCAUGUGGAAAAUAUGAGGAAGGAACAUAUGAAGAAAUUCUGGUAGAGGAUCACAGGACUAUAGAGGAAGGUAUGUUCUCUGAAUUAGAUGCUGAGCUGGAUAUACUUGACUACUCAAGCAGCUCCAGUUCAAGUAAUUUGAAAGAGUCUGCUAUUGAUAUAAUUAAACAAAGUUUUAGUACUUCUGGAAGACAACCAAAGAUAAGGGAUUAUGUUGACAGUCCUGGAUCAAGAUUGCGACCAGCAUCAGCAGGAAUUGCUGUAUCACAAAGGAAGGUGUGUCAGAUCAGUGACCCCGUUCAGCAGAUUCUUAUUCAGCUCUACAAAAUUAUCUUCAUCACUCAACUUCCUCCAGCUUUGCAAUGCAGCUUGAAAAGGAGAAUCAUUGAGAGGUUCAAGAAGUCCCUCUUCAGUCAGCAGAGCAAUCCUUGUAAUCUGAAAUCAGAAAAGAAAAAGUUGCUGGAAGGUUCUCCUGAAUUGAUUGAGCCCAACAUCUUCACAGCAGAUUAGCAUGUGGUACUUCUUUCUUCAGGUGGAAAUAUGUUGCUUCCACAUGAUAGAAAAAGCAUGGUUGGCACUUCUGACAUGGCAGAAGGGGUGACAUAUGAGCAGUUGCAGACUCUAAUUGAAGAGGUUCUAGAGGAAAGUGAUUAUUACAGUUUCUCUUCUAACAGGCUCUACCUCCUCCCCCACAGUGGCGCAGGAAGGUGGGAAAGGGGUGUAUGGUCAGUUCAUCACACGCUGUUCCUGCUACUGAUCAGGAAGAAGAGUCCUUCCUCUGCUCCAGUGUGGGGUUCCUUCCACAGGAGACAGUUCUCCAUGAAUUUCUCCAGCGUGAGUCCAUCCCAUGGGCUACAGUUCUUUAUGAACUGUUCCAGCAUGGGUCACUUUUCCACAGGAUGCAGUCCUUCAAGAACAGCCUGCUGUAGUGUGGGUCCCCCACAGGGUCAUAAGUCCUACCAGCAAACCUUCUCCAGUGUGGGCUCCUCUCUCCAUGGGUCUGCAGGUCCCUUCCUGGAGCCUACUCCAGCACAGGUUUCCCAUGGGUUCACAGUUUCUUUUCGGACAUCCACCCACUCCAGCAUGGGUCUCCUUCACAGGCUGCAGGUGGAUCUCUGCACUCCCAUUAAUCUUCAUGGGCUACAGGGAAACAGCCUGUUUCACCAUGGUCUUUCACCACAGGCUGCAGGGGAAUGUGAGCUCUGGCACCUGGAACACCUCCUCUCAUUCCUUCACUUGACCUUGGUAUCUGCAGAGCUGUUCCUCUCACAUAUUCUCACUCCUCUCGUGUCUGAGUGCAAUUAAAUCUGCACAAUAAACUUUCCUUAAAUAUAUUAUCGCAGAUGUGUUACUAUCAUUCCUGAUUGGAAUUGGCCAGUGGUGUGUCCCUCCUGGCACUGGCAUUGGCUCUGUUGGACAUGGGAGAAGCUUCUGGCAGCUUCUCACAGA